CAUCAAGUUCUCCAUCCAUAAUCACACACAUAAAGUCCUAUUUGUUUAAUUGUAAUAUUUUUCUAUAACAUAUAUCAAUGGCAAGUACCCCCAUAUCUUACCAAGAGAUUAAGCCUGUGAAUUUCAUUACUGUUCUUAGCAUUGAUGGUGGUGGCGUCAGAGGAAUCAUUCCUGGUGUUAUUCUUGAAUACCUUGAAUCUCAACUUCAGGCAAUAGACGAUAAUACGGAUGCAAGGAUUGCUGAUUAUUUUGAUGUAAUUGCUGGGACAAGUACAGGUGGUCUCAUUACUGCCAUGUUAGCAACUCCUAAUCCAAAGGAUAACCGUCCUUUAAUGGCUGCCAAAGAAAUUGUUCCAUUUUACCUUAAAAACUUGCCAUUUAUUUUUCCACAGAAAAGUGGAAUAUUUGCGCCACUGCUAAACAUAACAAAAGCUUUGACUGGAGCUAAGUACAACGGAGAGUAUCUUCACAAGUUGAUAAGAAAUUUGACGGAGGAUACACUUUUAAGCCAAACUUUGACAAACAUUGUUAUUCCAUCUUUUGAUGUUGAGAAACUUCAACCCACCAUUUUCUCAUCCUAUCAGAUUGAUGCCGAGCCAACUUUGGAUGUACCACUAGCCGAUAUUUGCAUAGCUACAUCGGCUGCACCAACUUAUUUGCCAGCUCACUAUUUCGAAAAGAAAGACGACCAAGGGAAAGUCAUCAAAGAAUAUAAUCUUAUCGAUGGUGGCGUGUGUGCUAACAAUCCGACUAUGGUUGCAAUAAGAGAAGUGACCAAGGAUAUGAUAAGGCUAGGGAAAAGUGGGAAUGGUAUAGGGUAUGAUCGUUUCAUUGUGAUCUCAAUAGGGACAGGAUCAAACAAGAGUGAAAGAAAGUACAAUGCAAAAAUGGUGGCUAAAUGGGGUGCUUUGACUUGGUUAUUCAAUGCUGGUGCAACUCCAAUUCUUGAUUGUUUCAAUGAAGCAAGCACUGAUAUGGUUGAUUACCAUAACUCUGUUCUUUUUACUGCACUUCAGUCUCAAGACAACUACCUUCGAAUUCAAGACGAUACAUUACAAGGGGACGUAGCUUCUGUAGAUAUAUCUACUAAAGAGAAUUUGAAUAAUCUGGUUAAAGCUGGUGAGAAUUUAUUGAAGAAAAAAUUUACUCGAGUGAAUCUAGAUACAGGUGUAUUUGAAACAGUCCCAGAUAAAGGCACCAUUGAAGAAGAACUCACAAGGUUUGCUAAGUUACUCUCUCAUAUAAGAAAAGAGAAAAUUGCCAAGUCCAAGUCAAAUGGCAAGUAAAUGAUCAACACAAGAUUCAAUAUGUCAAUAGAUUGUUAAAGCUCUACCUAUCUUUUAAUUUUCUUAAUUAAUAGUUUUUGUAUGAUGCAAGUGUGUAAUAUUAAAUUUUACCUUAAAAGUGAAUAAGUGGAGUGACCGGAAUUCGAAUUUCGUCUCCUAUAUAGUGCGUAACAUUUUCUGUUGUGAAUGAAAUAAAUGAUAUUUUCAAAGUUAAGAAGAAUUCUAGAAA